GGAGACCCUUUUUAGCUUACCAACAAACCCGCCUAGCCAUGUCUUUCCAACUGACAUCUUCAGCAAAAAACACCCAAUUACUAGGCAAUGUGCUUAGUUUGUACAUGUCCAAUGACAACUUGAUCCAUACGAACCUGUCCUUUGUCAUUGAUAUCAUCGUCAAUCAUCGUUUGUUUAACGAAACUCGCGAACCCAGCGAGGAUUUAGCUUCUGUUUACAGAAAGUGGACAGUUCGUUUGAAUUCGCUCUUACAAUCCAAGAAUGUUGCUGCACGUUGGUGUGGUAUCACGCUUGUCAGAGUCACCUGCGAGAACUCACACACACUCUUGAUUGCUAACGCAAAGACGUGGAGUGCACAACUUUUAGGCUUCGUUGGUAAAGCAGAACCUCUCAUUAUUCACCAAGAAGCUAUUAAAGCUCUUUCAUUCUUAUUUUCGUACACUGUCGAUAAACCCGAAUUACAAAGAGAAGUGGCCACACCCAACCUUCAACGUUAUAACCAACUUUUACUUCAAUUGGGUCGCAAGCAAGAUUUAUUACCCAUUGUUCUCUCUGCAUUGACUGCCAAUGUCAAAUGUUUCCCCUCCACCUCUAGACAUAUCUCUGACCAAGUGCUUCAACUCUGUCUUUCUUGCUUAGACGGCUCUAGAGAUUUGGAUGAAAAGACAAUUAAAGAAGCCAACAAGUGUGUAGCUUCAUUAUAUAACGCUGGUGGCAAAGCCAACAUGGCCGAAGUAUGGAGAGAUAGUUUGUUACGUCUUAUUGGAUCUGUACAUGUUUGUUUAGACAGACUUUUUGAUACAAUUGAUGAAGAAUCACAAGAAGCUGAAUUACCAAAAGCAUAUCCUUUCCUUCCCGUUUCACAUGAUUAUGUUGAAGCUUUCCCCGUUUUACUCAAGAGAAUUCAACUUGUACAAGAAUGUAUCUCCACCUUCUUAACUACAUCUACAACUAUUGCUGUCGGUGUCCCUGUUGUUCAUUUAGUUGAUCUUAUUUGUCGUAUUUAUAACGUGUUUGAAGGAUCGCUGAUGCGUGAUUACAAGGACAAAACCGAGUUCUUCACAUUGAUGAUGUGCCUUCCUGCUUUACAUUUAAGUACCAGCAAAAUGUUUACUAGUUUAUUAUAUUGUUCUGGCCAAGAAAUGAUGCGUUAUAGUAAACUCUUUUCCAGAAUCUUACUUCGUCUUUUAAGCGAACACAAAAACAAGAGAACAUUGAAAUCAUCCGCCUAUAAAUUAAUAUCAUUAUGUUUGGAAAAAUGUGGAUAUGCAUUCGGAGAGAAUAUUUACAAGCAACUGACAAUAUACAUCUUGCAAGAUCUCCUCGUAGUUCAACAUAAAGCCGCCAGUAUUGUCAACACAUCUGGACAACAAAAGAAAUCACACAAGAAGAGAAGAACCGAAGUGACUAACUCUGAUUCUUUAUCCAACAAGCUUAUUUCUGCAUCCUCGACCGAUGUACAAGUGGCAGCUCUUGAUACACUUGCUACCUUAUUAAACGUAUUUGGUUUUGCCAUGGAGAACGGUCAAAGAUCCUCUGUAGAUGGUACUGUCUUGAGCAGAUUAAUUCAAGUAAUCCAACCUUCCAACAUGUCCGAUGAAGAAAUCAUCCUUGUCAAGGCAGGUCUUUACCAAUGUUUGAUCGCAUCUGUCUCUCACCCUAUCGAGACUCAGGCUAGUAUUCUUCCCCAUGCCUCUCGUCUUUUCGCCGCUGGUGUCAAUGAUCAAUCACAUGAACUCCAAACCUUGUGUAAGAAGGGUUUGAGUGUUUGCGACUUAAUUACCCAUUCCAGAUUACCUCCUAUCCAAAGAGUUUUACCCAAGGUAUCCCCUGCUGUUGUAGUGACCGCUCAAGAGCUUGCAGAAGAAGAGAGUGAAGUGGAAGAAGAAGAAGAGGAAGAGGUGGAAGAGGAGGAAUUGAUGGAAGAGAAACCUGUUGAAGAAACCAAAGAGAUUAAAUCUGUUGAAAUCACACCCGUCAGUUUACCUACUAUUGUUAAGCCCGUUACUUUACCACCCGUGCAAAAGGAAGUCGUUUUCCAAGUUGUUGAAGAAGUAGUUGAGGAAACCAAGCCUGUUGAAGAAGCAAAACUUGUUGAAGAAAGCAAGGCUGUAGCCAAGGUUACCGCGGAAACAAAGUCAGUUGAAGAGGUGAAGUCUACUGAGACUAUUGAUAUCUCAGUGUCCACAGCAGAGACUACUGUCGCACCUGUUACCAAUGUCAGUGACGAUGAGGACAUGGAUUUAGAUAUGCCAAUGAUUGAUAUGACUGGACCUGAUAGUGAUGAAGAGGAUGACGAGUAAAUAGUAAAUAAAGAAAUAAUAAUAAAAAAAAGCAUAAUACAGUAUUCGUACGGAUUCGAAAUGAUAUCUAGACAAUUGAUAGUGAUAAAAAGACAACCAUAUCUUUAAGAGAAAGGUCCUUUCGUGGGCUCUAUUUUCUUUUUACAACGAUGUAGAUCUAAAGCUAUCAGAUCUUGAUCACGAGUAAGUCAGAUACGUAUAACCCUAUCCAUGUCCAAAAAGGUAAACGUUUCAUCUGAAUUUCUG